AGCGUCCAUCAUAUGACGAGACCGUGACCUUCUCCCACCCGCCGAGCACGCCACCAGAAUGCCUCUUCUCCGCAUCUGAAGCCUCACUGCCGACCAGCGCCCCCUCGUCCCCUCCAAAGACGCCCAGCAAUCACAAAUGGGCACCGACAGCCCCGCCCUAUCGCCGCCCAGCACCCAUGACAGACUCGAUGCGCUCGCGUCACUCUUGUAGUACUAUCUACCCGCCUCUACCACUCCGACUACCACGCCCUUCGUUCUUGCAAAAGGCAAACGGUGCCCUGCGACACCGAGACGCAUGUCUCCGCCGUCGGAACAUGUCCCUCGCACGCCUGACCGACGCUCCUCCACCCAGGCCCUGUUCACUGCCUUCCGCUCUUUGACCAGCGGCCGCCUAAAAAGUCCGACGCCACCACCCUCGACCUCGUCUACGACAUGUACGCCCGCGCGCUCCCCAUCUUUCGCAUCGUCUAUACACCCUGGCUCGAUAGCAAGCCCUCACUCGGCCGAUGGUACCCUUCAGCGCAUAGGUCAGAUCACAGGGCCGAGGGCUGGAAGACCCGUAACAGGGGGGCCUCCAGAGCUGGAUGAGCUGAUCGUGCAAUUGGAUCGCAGCCACCCAUUCUCAGAAAGAGCGUUAGUAGUGGAUAGGAUAUGCCAGGUCCUCGACGAGUAUCCCGUGCAGAAUACCCUGGGUCUGUGGUCUGUCGCAAGCGACUUGCUCCUCCCCGAACAGUCUGAUGAAGUCGCUGAAGCGGGGUACAAGCUCCUCAAGAGCUGUGCGUCCCUCGCCGACUUGAGCACAAUUGAGCGCAACGUCUUCUUCGAUGCCGCCUCUCUGCGCAAAAACGAUCGCAACUUCCACAGGAGACUCGAAGUCGUCACUACGCUCACCAAGGGUGGGCGCGAUAUUGAGGCUUGCGAGCCGUCUAUUGUUCCCUUCCUGUUGACUUCCUUGGAAACCUGCUUCCAGGCUAGUCGUGAGGCAUCCAAUGUGAAUCGGAAGGCCAAUGGCAAGCGGAGUGUAGACAAGCCCACUCAAGAAACCGAAAAUCUUUCUCGAAUGUUUCAAUAUGUCACUGACAUCUGCAAGUUCAAUGCCAAAAUCUUUACCGAUGAUGACUUGGAUCUUCUUCUUAGUCGCACAGUGGCUAUCUGCCAGAAUACGACCCAGGAGAGCGAUAUGAACAACUGCAUCAAGCUUUUUGACACAAUCAUUACAUAUGUUCACGUACCGACGCAGUCUCUCCGGUCGUGCCUUGAGGUUUUGUGCGCAAUUCAUAAACAAAUACCCACCCUGCAACAACAGACGUGGAACACGUUGAGUAAUCUCUUCAAAUCUCACGUUUCGCAGGCUGCCAUUUCAGCACUCCUACAUGCUCUUCUGGACGGUCCUAUGCAUCUAAGUCUGGAGGAUCCUUCGCGGAAGAGUCGACAGUUUAGCCUAUACAGAGGCACGAUACAGGUGCUACAGCUUCUCCUGUUCGAGGACGGCCGCAACGAGCUACCUAAAGUCCCAAUGUCUUUGCUCUUCCCGGCUCUGAAAGCCUCUAUCAAGGAGCCACACCACACGCAGGAGGAGAUUGUUAUCAGUCUAAUAGACACUGUCCUUGCGCAGGAGAGUAUGAGGGAGUUGCUCAUCGCCGAGACAGAUUUGAGCGAUCUACUAGACAUUGUUCGUAUAUGUGCUGAGCGUGAUGACAAUCGUCUUCGUGCCAAGGAAUCGACUAUAACAGAUAGCUCGACUACUACGAGGAAGGAAAUUGUCGAGACACAAUCCGCUCCCGAGAACGGGUCGUCGAACAAGGGUGGAACUGAUGCCUCUACUUCUCCAACAUCGGCAACAAGACAUUUUGACGGCGAGGCUGGUCCACGUUCCGUCAUUACCGCUAUGCCACCACCAGUCCUAGAGGCCUUUCGUAGCAACCCAGACAAUGGCAUAUGUCAGGUCUUGGCUAAACUCGAUGGCACAAGCGAUGCACUGGAUUUUGUUUCACAAGAAGCGGUAAUGGAGCUAUUCCUACACCUCGCGCCUCGUGUCAGCGAUUCCAGUGCAGAGAAGACGGUCCACUACUUCGCCAGGGAGCGUUACCUCAACCCUUCGCAUGGUGACUGGAUGAAACUCUGUCGUAGUCUUGUCGCUGGUAUACUUCAGGACGUGACCCGGCCGCGUUCGCUACGGAUUCUGGUAAUCCAAAACCUGCGCGAAACCUACGAUACCGUGGAACAGAUCUGCACAGAUGAUACAGUGCUGCAAUGCGGAGCCCUUCUCUUGAAUAACAUUGAAGCUGAAGAGGAUGUCGAAGUCCUGCACGAACUUGUAAAUUUUGCCGUAGAUGUUGCCGAUAAAGCAACAUUGGCCAACUUUUCCGAUAUUGUCCAGGUUUUAAAAGUGCGGCUAGACCGGCCACAAACUUCUUCGACAGCCGUAACAAUGUCCUGGCCGUCUCAAGCUCUGCUUGCCAGAGCAGAUGAGCGUUUCGGAUCCCCCUGCAAUGUCAUAUCUACUGCUUUUGUACGUCUCUUCACACGAAGCGUUACUCACUCGGCACAGAAAACUCGAAUACUUUACGAGCACCUACGAGCUAUUGCUGAAAACGAUAAAUACGAGAACGAUGCGCGCCUGACGGCUCUUAAGCUACUGUUUCGUCUCCGUGCUGACUCUCGUCACGCACUUAUCGUCAGCUCUUCUUCAGAAGGUGAAAGAAUCGCCGCAGAGCUAUGUCGCACGGUGGAAACAGCAGUGACACCAGAAAUCAUAGACGAGGUCGUACAUGGGGAUCAAGCCAGAGCUGAGGAUGGCUCUUUUUGGCGCGAGCAUCGCAAGGCCUCCGGAUCAAGCCCGCAUUCUUCUCUCAACCGGCAUGCCAGCCGGACCACUACUACAAGUGGCCGUAUUUCAAAGCCAAUACCUCCACUGUGGAUGUACCCAGGCCCCAAAGGUUUGCCAGAGGAGCCUCCAAGUGAACCAAGUCGAGUGGUCUUUUCACAUACUGAUGUUGGACAAUACGCGCUUGGUGAUGAUAUCCUAGAUAUGGAGAUCACAUUAUGGCUGGAACUGAUUAUCUCCCUACUUCAAAGACCCCCCGACUGGGAGAUUUACAGCUACGUGCUCGUUCACCUUGGACCACAACUAUCCAAUCAAGCUUUGGUACGCAGCUGUGUCGGCCAGCUGCGUAUGCUUAGGAAUGUUCUUUGCGAACAAGUACGGAAUGCUAGCUUCCACGAGCCUCCGGCACGUACGCUUCUUAAGAAAGCGGACGUUGCAGUGUGUUUAUUCCACAUUCUCACCGUCAUCAUCAGCUAUCACGAGUACUUCGAGAAGAGCGAGGAAGAUGACCUGGUCAAAGCGCUCCUACAGGGUAUCACGCAAUGGGAUAGGACAUCGAAGUGGUGCAUUCAUGCGUUGUCAAUCUGCUGCUUCGAGAUUCCCCUGUCUGUCAGUAAAUCACUUGACAGCAUUGUCCAGAAGAUGUCCCAGAUCAUCACGAAGCCAGCCACGGCAAUUCACAUCCUAGAGUUCCUCACCUCCAUGGCAAGGCUCCCAGAACUCUUCAAAAAUUUCCGUGAAGACGAGUUCAAGCUGGUAUUCGGUGUCUGCUUUCGAUACCUACAACACAUUAGAGACCAGCGCGACCGUGUCUCAAACGCAAACUCCUCACACAGUCAUCGGACACUGCGACAUAGUGGACACUCGAGAGACUUCGCGGCAUCGCCGGACCAUACUGCAAAGAUGCCCAAGAGCGUUGAGGAUGACCUACCCCAGUACCUUUACUCGCUUGCAUAUCACGUCAUCACGUUUUGGUUUAUGGCUCUGAAGUUAGAGGACCGUGCAAAGCAAAUUCCUUGGAUCACCAAAAAUCUCUACCAUACCGAUAGCUCUGGUAGGCAGGUCAUGGAGGAACAAGGCCAAGUCCUCUUGGAUAUCAUGAAUAUGGUGGCAUAUACAGAUCGAGAUGAGACUGUCCGCGACGAUGACUUUGCUAAACCUGGUGAUGGCGAAGUCUGGAAAAAGACAUGGAUUGUGGGAAAUAGUCUCGUGUCAAUAGAGACAGCUGCAAGGACAGGCGUCUCUCUUGUCACGACGCGUCGACCCUGCGGUACUCGAUUUCUCACCGUACAACCUUUACUCACCUCCCCGCCGCGCCACCAAGUACCUAUCACUGUAGGCCUCGCUUCCGAGGCCUUCUAUUCAAACUCCUACGUUGGCAUCCUACCAGACGACAUCUUCCAAUCUUUCUAUGCGCCUCUCGACCUAAACAACUCGUCGAUCCCUUUACCCGACGACGACAUGACACGCCGCGCAAUCGCAUCGUUCGACCGCAUCGCCACAGUCGACAACUACAAAGUAGGCGUGAUAUACAUCGGCGAAGGCCAAACCGACGAAAGGGAGAUCUUUAUGAAUGAUAUAGGUUCUCCGGCAUACACCGCAUUCAUUGCUGAUCUUGGUACUUUGUGUCGUCUGAAGGAUGCGAAAUUCAACACAGGUGGCCUCGAUACAAGAGAAGACGUAGACGGCGAGUUUACAUACUGCUGGCGCGACCGCUGCAUCGAACUCAUUUUCCACAUCCCCACCAUGAUGCCAACGAAUCGCGACGACGAAAUGACCUAUCCAAACAAGAAACGUCACAUUGGGAACGACUUUGUUAACAUCAUAUACAAUGACUCUGGUCUACCGUAUAACUUCGACACUUUCCCUUCGGCGUUCAAUUACGUACAUAUCGUCAUUUCUCCGGAGUCAAGGGCAAGCUUCGUGGACCGUCGCCUAGACGCGGAUCCUGACGGGAGGAACCGAUACUACAAAGUCCAAGCCAUCUCGCGCCCAGGCUUUCCUGAUAUCUCGCCCGCUGUAGAGACGAAGAUACUUCAGGGAAAGUAUCUCGCGGCGUAUUGUCGUCUCAUCGCCAUCAACGCAUGCGUCUUUUCUAACGUCUGGUUUAUUCGCGGGGGUGGUGAAUCUACCUCUUCCUGGCGCAAUCGCCUCCGCGAGAUCAAACGUCUGCGCGAGCGAUACGGUGCUAUCGAUCACCACCAGCACCACCCUGUCUUUUCUUCUCCCGCAUCGCCAGCGAGCAGCCAAGGCCUCUCAAGCCCGCCAUCUCGCGACCACAACGGCGUUUCACCCUUCCAGCGCAUGAGCAUCGCAACGCACAUUACUGACGGCACGAGUCGCAGUUCCAUCAGCAGUUCUUCACAUGAUCCUUAGUUUUGUGUUUCAACGGCGCGCAAUAUCUCACUGUGGUGACUGGUGUUAUUGUGGGCAAUUUACAGAUACCCCAGGGUUUAAUAUCAAUAUCACACAUAAAAGUUGUCUGCUUUUCAAUACUGCCUGAUUUGGGUAUGGGAUGCAUUGCAUGGCGUUUUGUGCAUGGGAUCGAUUUCAAUCGUUUCCCGAUUAAAAGUCUUUUGUUUGCUUUUGCUUUCGGUUGUUGGGCGGACGCAUCAGAUAGGGAGUGUAUAUCGGUGUAUGUAUGUACUGGACAAUGCAAAAUAAAUAGGCAUCAAGUCGAUAGUUGAUACAUAUUAUUUCUCGUCUGUUUGCAAGCUGCUUUGGAUAAUGUAAACGCAUCAACAC